AUGGACUCUCGCAGACGAAUGAGCUGGAAGGCGGUCCUGCUGGAAGAGCCCGAUAGGUCUGACGGCGAUCUGGAAGAUUACCUUCGAAAGUCAGGAUCUCAUCGAACCGACGAACUUAAAGAUGUUGGUCUCAACAUCAAGAGGUUCGGGAGGCGAAGAAGACCUCUCAUGCGAGCAGUCAUGUCGUGUUAUGCCGUGGUGGCAUGCGAACCAUCCUUCACUACGGCCUGCGUUAUGGACUGUCCGUUCUCGCAAACAGGCCUGCUAGAAGACAUCGCUAUCGUUUUGGACGAUCUCGACAAUCACCUUCGGGAUAGGAAGGAGAAUGUCGACGAACCCAAGGAUGUCGGUCUUAACAAUCGAGAGGAUGGUCAGAAGUGGCGCGAGCUGCCUACGAAGCUCCUUUUCUACUGCCUGGGUCUCGGACUCUCGCAGACGGGUCUGCUGGAACGACGACGCUAUCGAUCCGGAGGAUCUUGGCUAUCGCCUUUGGAAGAGCGGGAAUGUCAUCGCGGACUCAACAUCAAGAGAAUCGCCAAACUCGUGCAGGCCGCGCGUCUGCCUCCAUGUGCUCGCCUCGGCGAUGUUCGCUAUCGAUCUGGACAGUCUCGACAUCACCUUUGGAAAAGCAAAAUGUCCUCGAACGAUGAAAAUGUCGGUCUCAACAUCAAGAGGAUCGCCAAACUGGCGCCGUUGGCGAGACGUGUUCGCUUCGAGAAGACAGACCCACUGGAACACACCACUAGAAAGCUCAAAAAUGUCGGUCUCAACUUCACUUUCCAAGAACGGAAUGUCACCGAGCUCAGAGAUGUCGGUAUCAACAUCAAGUGGAUCGCCAAGAUGGUGCAGCUGCGUCUAUGUGUUCAACGCGAGAAGACGGGCCUGCUGGAAGACACUGCCGCCGAUCUGGAAAAUCACGAAAUUACGUUCGGCAGGCAAGAUGGUCAUCGUACUCAAAGAUCUCGAUCUCAGCGUUACCUCCAUCUUCUGAACCAGAACGUCAACGAACUCAAAGAUUUUGGCCUCAGCAUCAUGUUGGGAAAGCAGAAUGUCAUCGAGCUCAAAGAUAUCGGUCUCAACAUCACCUUCGUCCCAAGCAGAGGAAGUGCAUUGAACGGAGCGGAAAGAUUCAAGGCGAAGGCGAAUGAUUGGCCGAGCAAGCAUGUUCUGGGUCACGAGGAGUCGGUCAGGGAGAAGGCGAAGGCGAAGGACUACCCGACCAAGCCAGCAAGCUUCAGGAUGAACAAUGACAGCGAAGUUAAAGCAUCAAGGCGGAUCCGCGAUGUAGUCGAGAUCGCCAACCGACAGGAGCAGAAGGAGAAGCCGCACCAGCGGAGGACCAGGAUUUUUGGUGCUGCAUGCCAAACGACAUCACCACGAAAACAAGCCAGAGCCGGACUUGGUUUCUCCAUUUCGGCGGGUGGAGGAGCCCAAGAUGAUCGCUUCGUGUUGAAGAAUGGCGGAGUGGAAGCUUUUAGGGAACUCGAAGGGAGUGCCGUGCUUGCCGCGAGAUGCUACAAGAGCCGUUGA